AGCAUUGUGAACAAGAAAGAUGGCAUCUCAAUCACUGCCGAGUCUGUUCAAGAACCCAGACCACUACCUCAAGGCGUACGAUACAUUCUGUUCGGCCUCUGGGAAAUUCAACGUGUUUCCGGAGUGGGUGGCUAGUGAACGCUUCAGCGAGGCGGUGGUUGGUAAACUCCAGGCCACACUGGACGGACGAGAAGGAAUACGGAUCCUUGGAGUGGGUAGCGGAUCCGGUGAGAUCGAUUGCGCCAUUUUAAAACGGCUUUUGCGACAGUUUCCAUGCAUCGAUAAUCGUGUAGUUGAUCCUUCUGAUGAGCUGCUAGGCCGAUACAAGGCACUGGCUGAAUAUAAGGCUCACCAACUACACGGUGUUACUUGUGACUGGCGGCAGCAGACGAUCGAGCAGUACAAAAAGGCGGGAGAUUUGACCAAGUUUCAUUUCAUCAGUGCAAUUGACUCCAUAUACCAGGCGCAAGAUGCUCUGGACAGCUGGUUGACGUAUUUGUAUAGCCGUUUGGAAAGCGGUGGAGUUAUGCUGGUAAUUAUGAGAACAGAUGACAGCGGGUUUACACGUUUUUUGAACGGCUUCCAGCGUUUUCAUGCGAAUUACCACGACGUUACAUCGGGCGACGUACGCAGCUGUCUAGACCGCCUGGGCAUCGCGUACACGCAGUACCGCCAACCAAGGCGUAUGAACAUCACCACGUGCUUCGACCGAGCUUCGGAGGAAGGCAACUUGCUGCUGGAUUUCCUGACCUUUACCAUGUGCUUCAGGGAGGCAGCGUCUGAGGAUCUACAGACCUGGGUGAUGGAGCAUCUGGCCAGCAGUGAUUGCUCGGAACGGAAUGGGGACGAGAUCUGGUUCAGUUUGGACUGGGAUGCGGUUAUUAUAAAUAAGCCACUCGGAAUGGUCGAGUAAUCAGCAUUUCGUGGAUUGUCUUUGCUUGUAUGACCUCCGUGCUUGAACGGCGCUUUUUGACCCGAGCCCCAGUGAAGGGACAUAACGGCAGCGCGUACUGGUUCGUGUGGGUAUUGCGACUAAUUUAUUCAAAAUAUGCACCACAUACACCGUAAUAUAGUAUAAAAUAUUGACUGCUUCGAGUGGUGAAGUAAA